CCAACUAUCAACUACACAUUACUGAAAGCUGAAUACGUAGGUGGCUCGGGAACACUGGUGACUUUUGAAGCCAGGAAGUUGAUAAUGUUUAUAUAAAUGCUCUUGCGUGUCGGCUAAAGGUCGUUCGACUCGAACUUUACGUGGGCCAGUCCAGUUCAAAAAGUUUGUAUCAACAUGUUAUAACAACGUUAUGUUCACUGGGACGAUCCACGCCAUCGCGACAUGAGCCGUUAUCAGCAUGCGAGUGUGCUUUAUUUCCUCCUGUGGGUCCUCCAUGUUGAUGGAGCUAGUUUUCUCAACAAGCCAAGCAACGUGACGAUAAAGAAAGGAGAGAAUGCCAUAUUUCCAUGUAAAGUUGAAGAUUUAGAGACGUCUGACCGCGUUGCGUGGUUCUCUAUUGCGUCAUCGAAGCUGCUGUCCAUGGAUGGUCACACCUUCAGUUCGGACAAUCACGUGAUCGUGAACAUUGACCCCAUUGGUGGAUUUCAGCUCCAUAUCAACAAUGUCACAGUACGUGAUGGCGGGAUGUACAAGUGCAUAGUAACAACAGACCCAGUCAGGGAACAGACAUCCGUAUUGCGUGUCAUUGACAGCAAAACGCCAGGGAAGAGGAGGGUUCCUUCAGGUACAAAGCGAACCAGGAGAACAGGUGAUCAUCAUGGUCUGUCCUCGAAGAACAAGCCCACGAUACGGAAACGUGCAUAGGCAUUGUCAUUAUCUUGCCAGUCAUCAACUGCAUAAUAUGUAUUUGUUGAGGAUCUCAUUGUGUAUGGUGGCCGAGAGAUGAAACUGCUUUUUCGCUGAGAUUGUAACAAAACGAUUUUUAAUGCAAUGAUGAAUGUGCUAAUGUUAAUGUAUCGUGUUACAACUGAACUGUAUUUUUCUGCAUGCUGUUGUGAGAUCCCUAGUCAAAAGACAUAGACAAGUGUAUGUACUCACUGUUACCUGUACCACGAUGGCAAUUUGAUAGUGAUCGAGUAUGGUUUUACGCCCCUUUUAGCAAUAUUCCGGCAACAUUACGGCGGGCACACCAGAAAUGGGUUUCACACAUUUUAUCCAUGUGGGGUCAUCUUAAUAAAUCCCAGGGGAAGAAUGUAUCUUGUCGCACGGCUGUUACAUGCUUCCAUUCAACUAUGGUUGAGACGUCUCCAUUGGCAGCCGCCCUGGGUAGUGAGUGAGUGAGUGAGUGAGUGCGUGCGUGCGUUCGUUCGUGAGUACGUGAGGAGUGAGUGAGUGAGUGUGGUGGUUGGGUAGGUGGGUAGUUGGGUGGGGGGAGUCAGUGAAUCAGAGCGUGAGUGAGUGAGUUAGUGCAUGCGUGCGUGCGUGAGUGAAUGAAUGAGUGAGUGAGUUAACGCCACUUUGAUCAGUAUUUCAAUAAUACGUGUAUCACACCGUGACCGCUUCACGUUAUAGUAUAGCCCAUAGUGUUGCAGGUUGAAGGUGUACAACACUAUCUCACUAAGUUACUAUCACAAGAUCUACAUGCUGACAUGAUUCACCCAUGAUCGUUAUUGAACAAAUGCCUUAUGUUCUAUAUAUUCUUUGAGUACUGACCCAGAACUGACAAGGAUACUCUCGUUUGUAGCUUAUUCUGUUCAAACGCCUUAAGUCAUCUUACGUUGGUAAAAUGUCUUGGUUUGUCCUAUGUAAUUUAUUCAAGAUAAAACAGUAUUAUCGCCCGAUCUAAUCGCACAUGCUUAUUUGUACUGUGACAAUGUGUCGUCAGUGCUGCUUUAUGUUACGGUAAUUCUUAUUAUGCCUUUUCUCUGAUUUUGUUUUCUUAAUAAAUUGACGACGUAUUCAAAAAUAACAUUA